AUGAGUUUCAGAAAUUAUAAAGAUAAAAUUGAUGAAGGAGAUACAGUGAUUUUAUAUUUAAGUAACAAUCUCCACGCUAUUGAUGUAAGACCGGAAAUAAAAAAUAAAAAGGGCGAAAUGGUUGAGAAUGUGUACCAAACAACAUUUGGCGCAUUAAAAGUUAAAAAUCUAAUAGGGGUUGAUUAUGGAAGUAGAGUAGAGUUAUCAAAAGGCUGGGGCCAUGUUCUUCAACCUACCCCUGAACUAUGGUCGAUGACAUUGCCUCAUCGGACUCAAAUUAUUUAUACUCCAGAUAUUAGUAUGAUUCUAUUACAACUGGAUUUAGUUCCAGGGAACAUUGUUAUUGAAGCUGGAACUGGAAGUGGUUCGUUAACACACGCACUUAUCCGACGAGUCCGUCCGCACGGUCACGUGUACACAUUCGACUUUCACGACCACAGGGCUAAAGUCGCUCAAGAGGAGUUUGAAGCCCACGGACUUGCUGAUUUUGUAACAGCUCGACACAGAGAUGUGUUAGCAGAUGGAUUCGGUGACGAACUCAAUGGGAAAGCGAAUGCCAUUUUCUUAGAUCUGCCGAGCCCUUGGUCUGGAGUUGUUCACGCCGUUAAAGCUUUGAAGGAUGAAGGUGGUCGGUUCUGUUCCUUCUCACCAUGCAUAGAGCAAGUACAACGUACUUGCUUAGCCCUAGAACAACAUGGCUUUGAGGAAAUAAGUACCAUGGAAGUACUUCAAACUGAACUUAAAGUUACCAGGAGAACAGUGCCAGUGAGAGAUUUAUCAUUUCUGAAACACAAGAGUUCUGAAAACCCAGUGGAAGAAAAGCCGAGCGGUGACAAGAGCUACGUGGUGGGCGCCUGGCCGACCAGCACUCCGGGACACACGGGGUACCUCACCGUGGCCACCUUGCCUCCCACUUUCAUAAGAAAAAAAUCGAAUCUUAAUGAAGAAGAAAAUGGCGAAUCCAAAAAUGAAGAGAGAGAAUCUUCACUAAAAAAUGAAGAGCAACUAUCUGUUGCAGAAAAUCUUGAA